AUGAAGAUGCAUUGCGUAAUAGCAAAACCGAAUAGAAACUAAAUAUCUGAUAAAAUGGCGGCAGUGUUAAGUGCUCGACGUUAUGUUGGAUGUGUAAUUCGUUUUAAUUCAGACCGGGAAUUAAUAGAUUGAAGUUUAUUAAACAUUCAGAAAUGGAGAACAACAAUUGCAAUGCACGAUCAUCUACAUCCAUGGGCAGGGUUGGAAACCCUGCUGGGGACGAAGGUGGAUCAGAAGAUGUUGGUGAUGCACAAGAUGAAGAAUCUUCUUCUUCCAAAAGCUCUGAAUAUGUUGAAUCAGAACUUGAAAAUUUUCGCCGUCAGUGGAAGCGAGAGAUAGAAUUGUCCCCGAGCAAGGAGAAAGUGGAAAAAUUUCAGAGUGUAGCUUCUAUGACUCUAAGUACUGGAGAUUCCACAGAAGCUAUUGAAGAAAAGGCACGUCGAUUGUUUUUACACGGAGUUCAAGCUGAAAGAUCUGGAAAGUUACAAGAUGCCAUAGCUCUGUAUCGUAGAGCUAUUCAGCUAGUUCCAGAUAUAGAGUUUCGUAUUGAUGAUAGUUUUGACUAUGAUGAUUUUUCUGAAGAUUCAGAAGAUGAAAGUACCUUAGAUGAGAAUUCAUCAGAAAAUGAUGAUGAUGAAAUGGACAAUCUUAUAAAUAGAUUUCAAAAGUUGGCAGCAAAAGCUGGAACCUCUGUAAUCUGUCAGCCAAAACAAGAGCAAAAGAUGAGUCAUAUGUCUGUUCUCCCACCUGAAAUAUUUCAUUAUAUUUUGAAGUGGGUUGUGAGUCAAGAUCUUGAUGUGCUGUCUUUAGAAAGAGUGUCAAAGGUAUGUCGUGGCUUCUACAUCUGUGCUAGAGAUCCUGAAAUAUGGAGAUUGAUUUGCCUUAGAACAUGGGAAGUUAACAUCGAUACUCCAAACAGAUAUGAUAAUUGGAGAAACAUGUUUAUUCAGCGUCCUCAUUUGUCUUUCAAUGGUGUAUAUAUAAGCAAAACAACAUAUGUGAGAUAUGGAGAAUCUUCAUUUCAAGAUACAAAUUACAGGCCAUGCUAUUUAGUUGAAUAUUAUAGAUAUAUACGAUUCUUUCCAGAUGGCAUUGUUCUUAUGAUGACGACACCAGAUGAUCCUUAUCAGUCUCUGCCCAAAUUGCGCUACCGAAAGUCAAAGCACCAAAAUGUGAUGUGUGGACGUUAUAAACUUGUUGGUAGUACUGUGAUGGCAGUAGUAAAAAGAAGUAAAGUUGAAUCCACUGUUCCUCCUUCUUCAAAUUAUUACAGAUUUAGGAGGCAGAAGAUACCAAAAGAAACAGACGAUCAGACAUUUCAUCUGGAAUUAGAAAUCAGAAAUUUUAAGAAACAUUUCAACUGCCAGCUGACCUGGAAUCGUUAUUCCAUCCAUAUGGUGUACAAAAAUGGUCAAGAAACAGUUACCGAUUUUGAUCUUGUUCCAUCUAACUUCCCAUGCUUUUGGUUUUCACGAGUCAAAAGCUUCACUGCAGAAUCUGAGAACCCUUUGAAAUGAGUUUAGCCCACAAUUCUAGCACAAAAAUCCAAUUAAUAUUUUAUAAGAAUUUUUAUCGCUGUUCCAAAUAUAAAAUAUGUAAAUAGUUUUCUUGUUGAAAAUAGAAUUUGUUUCAAUGUAUUGUACGUGUUUGUUUCAAUAAAUUUUAUGCAAUUUUGUUGUAAA